AUGUUUGUGGAGAAUUGUCAGAAGAGCUAUUGCUUGGGAGAGAACGUCACCAUAGACGAAAUGCUGCCAGGUUUCAGAGGACGCUGCCCUUUCCGGCAGUAUAUCCCUUCAAAACCGAACAAGUACGGGAUCAAACUUUUCGCUCUUGUAGAUUCAAAAAUGACCUACACCUACAACCUGGAAGUUUAUGCUGGCCUACAGCCUGAAGGGCCUUUCAGAAUAAGCAAUAAACCACCUGAUGUGGUGAAACGAAUGGUUCAGCCGUUACGAGGAUCUGGGCGAAACAUCACAGCCGACAACUGGUUUACCGACUUGGAGCUUGUUGAUUGGCUCAAAAAGGAAAAGCUAACAUAUGUUGGCACUAUAAGGAAGAACAAGAGACAGUUGCCUCCAACAUUUGUGUCUGUUAUAGGAAGGAAGCAGUACUCCAGCAUGUUUGGGUUCAGUGACGGGAAAACUCUGGUCUCAUACAUUCCCAAAGAGCGAAAAAAUGUAAUGCUCAUUUCUACACUUCAUAAUGACCACGCCCUUGAUCCCUCAUCUGGACAGUCAAACAAGCCUGAAAUAAUUACAUACUACAACUCCACAAAAGGUGGAGUGGAUACUGCAGAUCAAAUGUGCUCAACUUAUGAUGUAUCCCGAAACAACAAGCGUUGGCCCAUGGUAAUAUUUUACGCGAUGAUGAAUGUAGCCGGAAUCAACUCCCUCAUCAUCUAUCUUGGCAAUGAGCUUGAGCCAAUGCGUAGGAGGGUAUUCCUCAAAAAGUUGGCCCAUGAGCUUACACUCCCAGAGCUGCAGAGAAGGAGCCAGAAAACGCUUGGAAUUCCCAACAGCCUCCAGAUCCGUCUCCGGAAGUUUAACCCCAACAAAGCAUCUGCUGCUGAUGCUGAUGCGGAUGCCCCGCUUCUAAAGAGGCGUAGAUGUGAACCCUGUACACUUGAGGUGGGUUUUAGGAGGAUGACUGUGUUGAGAUGUGUGCGUUGCUCGAAGGCCAUCUGUACUAAACACUCUAAACAGAUCUGCGAAGAGUGCAAACUUGUUGUAGUCCAAACUUCUUCUGAGGUCCCCCAAUCCAGCGAUUCUGAGGAUUAA